AUGGGAAAUUGCUGUGCUAAAAAACAAUUUCGAGAGCCAGACCAACCAGUCCUCGUUGUUGAGCUUCCUUCAGCAAAGGGGAGAGAACAAUAUAAAAGAUCUGGGAAGAGACCAAGUUCAAUAGAAAAAGUGAAAAAGAAGAAUAUUGUUGAUAUUGAGGUGAAAAAGGAAGACGUGAGGUCUAAUGUAGCUCAUGAUAAUAUUAGCUACAAAGUCCCCUGUAUUUACUAUAGUAUACUAAAAAAGGCAACUCAAAAUUUUAGCAAAAAGAAUUUAUUAGGUGAAGGGGGUUUUGGUGAUGUUCAUAAGGGGUACCUCACUCAUCGCACCAUGAACCAUGCCAAACCAAAUGAGGGUAAACCAGUCGCUGUAAAAAGGCUUAUUAACCGUCGUUCACAAGGCCCCGAAGCUUGGAAGACAGAAGUAGAUAUUUUGGGCAUAUUAAAUCAUCCACAUGUAGUACAGCUAAUUGGAUGUUGCAAUGAAGGUAACCAUAGAAUUUUGGUAUACGAGUACAUGACUAAAGGCAGUCUAGACACCUUUCUUCUCAGAGAAAACCGGAAAGAGUUAAGCUGGCGCAGGAGAGUCCAAAUAGCAAUAGGGGCAGCCAGUGGCUUAGCCUACCUUCACACUCAUGGAAAGCCUAUCAUUCAUAGGGACAUCAAAGCUUCCAAUGUUCUUCUAGACUCUCACUUCCAUGCCAAGAUUUCAGAUUUCGGCCUUGCUAAAUAUGGACCCGAAGAUGAAAAUGAUCACCUUAGCACAAAGGUUAUUGGCAGCAGAGGCUAUUUGGCUCCAGAGUACUUCUAUAGAGGGCAUUUGACGAUAAAGGCUGAUGUAUACAGCUUCGGAGUGGUACUCAUGGAAAUUUUGUCUGGUUCAUGUGCGGACAAGAGAUAUUCAAAGGGGAUUCAAGAAGAUCUUAUUGAGAGAACAAAGUUCCUCCUCUGCAGGAACACCAAGCCCGAACUGCAUACCGUCAUUGACAAGCAGCUUGGAAAGAACAUCCCCAUGGAAGAAGCACGAAUAUUCGCAGAACUUGCCUACCAAUGCCUCAGCCAAAAUCCCGAAAGCAGACCAACCAUGACGGAAGUGGUGGCUGGUUUAGAGCAAUUGCAACACAACGAAGUUGGAACCAGUACUCGUCAGAACUUCAUGGUUGCGAGAUUUUCUGCCUGGCCUCUUCCCUCUUCCAAAAGGUCGUCUGGAAAAUCUGGAUGCAUAUAG